ACAGCACUAAUAUUUUUUAUUUGCUGAACCACUUUAGACUUUAGUUUAAGAGCUAAUAUGCUAAUAAUAAAGACAAAUAGUAAUGCAAAAAUAUGCUUCCUGACUGUUGAUUAUUUUUAAAAAUAAUUUCUGAAUUGAUAACCCUUUACUUAUCGUUCAUAUAAAAGAUUUCCCCUACAUAUUGUGGAUAAAAAAAUAUUUAUAUCUGCGAUUAAAUGCCAUUCAUUCUGAGUCAAUUAUGGACAAAAUGCAAUUAAUCACAAUCAAAAAUCGUAAUCGAUUGACAGCACUAAUAUUUUUUAUUUGCUGAACCACUUUAGACUUUAGUUUAAGAGCUAAUAUGCUAAUAAUAAAGACAAAUAGUAAUGCAAAGAUAUGCUUCCUGACUGUAUAUUAUUUUUAAAAAUAAUUUCUGAAUUGAUAACCCUUUACUUAUCGUUCAUAUAAAAGAUUUCCCCUACAUAUUGUGGAUAAAAAAAUAUUUAUAUCUGCGAUUAAAUGUCAUUCAUUCUGAGUCAAUUAUGGACAAAAUGCAAUUAAUCACAAUCAAAUAUCGUAAUCGAUUGACAGCACUAAUAUUUUUUAUUUGCUGAACCACUUUAGGCGAGUUUAAGAGCUAAUAUGCUAAUAAUGAAGACAAAUAGUAAUGCAAAAAUAUGCUUCCUGACUGUAUAUUAUUUUUAAAAAUAAUUUCUGAAUUGAUAACCCUUUACUUAUCGUUCCAUAUAAAAGAUUUCCCCUACAUAUUGUGGAUAAAAAAAUAUUUAUAUCUGCGAUUAAAUGCCAUUCAUUCUGAGUCAAUUAUGGACAAAAUGCAAUUAAUCACAAUCAAAUAUCAUAAUCGAUUGACAGCCCUAAUAUUUUUUUAUUUGCUGAACCACUUUAGGCGAGUUUAAGAGCUAAUAUGCUAAUAAUAAAGACAAAUAGUAAUGCAAAGAUAUGCUUCCUGACUGUAUUAUUAUUUUUUUACAAUAAUUUCUGAAUUGAUAACCCUAUACUUAUCGUUGUAGUUCCACAUAAGAGAUUUCCUCUACAUAUUGUGGAUAAAAAAUAUAUUUCUAUCUGCGAUUAAAUGCCAUUCAUUCUGAGUUAACUAUGGACAAAAUGCAAUUAAUCACAAUCAAAUAUCGUAAUCGAUUGACAGCACUAAUUUUUAUUUGCUGAACCACUUUAGACUUUAGUUUAAGAGCUAAUAUGCUAAUAAUAAAGACAAAUAGUAAUGCAAAAAUAUGCUUCCUGACUGUAUUAUUACUUUUUUACAAUAAUUUCUGAAUUAAUAACCCUAUACUUAUCAUUGUAGUUCCACAUAAGAGAUUUCCUCUACAUACUGUGGAUUAAAAAAAUAAUAUUUCUAUCUGCGAUUAAAUGCCAUUCAUUCUGAGUUAACUAUGGACAAAAUGCAAUUAAUCACAAUCAAAUAUCGGAAUCGAUUGCCCUAAUAUUAAUACAUGCAAUGAAUGAAUAAUAUGAAUAAUCUUUCUGCAAAAUUAUGGAACCACUGCACUCUGCGUGUGUAUGCUAAUAGCCCCGCCUGCCCCUCCAAAGAGACAACGCAACUGUAAGACUGUGAAGAGGUCUCACUCUGUUUUGUUUUAUGGAUCGCCUUUAUUCUAUGAAGCGUCUUGGUGUUGAACCAAUGCACAGAGUGAACUUAAAUAGACUAGAUUAGAAUAUCCGGACAUAUUUUGACUAAUUCUUUAUUGGUGUGAACUUGCCAUAGCUAUUGUGUUCUGUCAUUUACGUGUGAAAUCGUCACAUGCUGUCGUUUUCUCUUCCUCGUUUCACUUCCUUGUGUCUGAAUUCUCUACUCAGAAAUCAGCACUUGCAAAUUCUCAGAAUGAAUUGAGGAAGAUUAAAAAGAAAACCGUGACAUGAAUCAGUAGCUGGGAUGAUAUUAGAUGAACAAUAAAGUGUGUUCGAUGCCACGUCACCUGCAUGCCGCCGGUGUUGUUUACAAAUGGGCUCCAUUAACAUUAGCACAGACCAGUGGCGUCAUUAGGCCUAUUUUAGGGGGGGCUCCAGUCCCACUAAAAAUAUUCUUAGGGGGGCUUAAAAUGUUCUUAACUCCCCUAAAUAAUUUUAUAUUUUUUAUAUUUUAUUGAUUUUUUAACAAAAAAAUCCUACAAAUUUUAUAUAAUAGGGCAAAAGCAGGCUAAUAGGCAAGCCAAUAAGCAGGCUAAUACUAGCCUACUACUAUGACUAGAAAUAGUAGGAAUAAUCAGAAGAAGAAUAAUGAUGAUAGUAAUAAUUCUUGUUAUUAUUAAUAAUUCCCGGAUCUUGUUCGUUAUUUGUUUUUUGGAUUUUUUUGAACGUCUCCUACAUUCAUUCAUAUCCUGUGCAUCUCCGGGUUGUGAAGGUUGCAUCCCCUGUGUUCAAAUUUUAGCUUUGUCUACCUCUAGUGGUCAAUUCAAAUAUUACACUUACUGUAUAACAACGCUGCUGAUAUGUAGGGUAUUUCGGGCCCUCUGAUUUAUGGAUGGAAUAGCAAAAUUGGCCAAUAAAAACAAAAUCUACCAUAAAUUCCAGGUAAUUAUAUCCACCCGAGUCCGCCAACAAUUCUGAAGGUGAAAUAUGUUUAUUGUGGUGAAAUAAGCGUAUUUGUAUUUCCACGUCAUCUUACUAUGUCCGUGUAUGACGGAACCACCUGGGUGAUGUUCUGAGUGUCCAUGAAUGCACCUCACGUGUGAUUGGUGGAAAAUAAGGAAGUGUUGCUCCAACGGCAGUUUGAAUUGCUCUCGUCGACUUGAGGGAACUUGACCUCGGGGAAAUCCCCACUCCCACGGAAAAGCUGACAUUAACUGGGUGAAAUCUACCCUUUUAGGACUGAAGGAGAAAAAUUAAGCAAUAAAGCUAAAUUGAAAACAAAGAACCCAACUUUGGAAACCAACAAGUGGUCGAAACACGAUUACUCGGCCUGAAAGUGAAAAAGGGGAAGAUGGCUUCCAUUUAGGACUUCCACAUCCACUUCCCAUCUGCUCUGCAAGUGGGUCUCCGCAUGAUGUCAUACCAAGUGCCGAGGGGAAAGUCAGCGAGGACGACUCAAAACUGGUAAUGGAAUGCAGCCACUGUGUGGAAGCCGGAGAAGGUCACCCACGGCAGAAGCCUCAGAAGAUCAGAAGCACGGCGGUCACCAUGAAGACGCUCGUAUUAGUCGCUCUGAUGUGCAUCUUGCAUGUCGGCACGUGUGCAGUCAGCCCGGCUAUCGUGUUGAAGGAAGGAUGCUGUGAAGGAUGCUCAAAAACGGCCAUCCCUUGGGAAAGAGUGCAGCGUGUGGAAAGAACUCCAAACGUCUGCAAACGCAAAGCAAUUGUUGUGACGACGGUGUGUGGUAAAAGGUUUUGCAUCCAAGCCAACUGGAAGUGGUCAAAAACUCUGCUGACGGAAUUUGAGAGAUUGUCUGCCAACAAGACGCUGGUCCCGCCCCCUUUCAAUCAAACCAGGUGUAGUAAGGACGUUCAAGUCGUGUGAGGAGGAAGUCGCCGUGUCAAAUAAUAAUAUGUAUUUCAUACAUGUUGUGCAUUAAUAUGCUAAAAGCUAUAUGCUAAGUAAAAAGUGUCCAAACUUUUUCCACAAAGAGCCACAUACUGAAAAAUGAAAUAAUUUUUAUGGUUAUGGUUUAAUUUCAUUUGAACAUGCAUCAGAUUGUAAUUGAACGCAUCACAUAAUCAGUUCCCAGUUCCACAUGUCCAAAAGGAGUAGGAAGAAGCAAAGCUUAUUAAAUAUUACCUCUCCAUCUGGUACUUUUACAAUCACUAACUGUUACAUUUGUUCACUUCCUGCUUUCAUAAUAUAAUUUUUUUUAAUUUUUUAUAAAUUUGUAUUUUUUUAAUUUUAAUUUUUUUUACAAAAAUAUAUUAAAGUGCAUCUCAGCUUUGUAAUAUA